AUGGGUCACCCAAGCUUGGACAUGCCCGCUUUAAAAGAGCGAGGCUUAUUUGCCCUACCCACAGAAGGCGACGGGAAUUGUCUCUAUUAUUCACUCUCGGAUCAACUUUACGCAAACACAUACCACGCAAACGAAAUCCGUCAACGAAUUGCCGAUCACAUGGCGGCAAAUAAGGAAUACUUCAUGCAAUUUGUUUCUGAGGGCGGAGAGCGACGCAGGCCCAAGCGUGCAGCGGCUUCUGCAUAUGCAACCCGUUCGGCCGACGUAUCUGUUCCAUCUGAUCAAGAUAAAGAAUCCAGAUUCCAGGAAAUGAUUGCCACAACUCGAAGGAAUGCAGAGUGGGGUAGCUCUGAGCAUAUUCAGGCCUUCUGCCAAGCCUACAAGCUUGACGUGACUGUCUAUACCAUGAAUGCCGUUCAUCCAUUCCAAGAUGUGAACGUGACUCCUGGAGAGUCCCGCAAUGUCAUACACAUUGCCUACCACGAAUUCAAACAUUACUCCUCUGUACGGAGCAUUGGAGAGACGCACAAAGGCCUCUUGGCUGAUAUGAUGCCUGCUCAAGCAUCACUUGCUCAAACUGACACUGAGCGCAAGCACGUGAUCAAGACCGACGGCGUCAGCGCAAGUCUCAUUGCCGCAGACAAGCCUGAUGCUGCUCACUCCUCGAAUGAUGCGAGCCUCGCUGUCGAUGUCUAUGCACCAUGGGACAUCAAGUCCAUACAAGAGGGUCUUGGCGGCCGGUACGACCGAGAAACCAUCAUAGACAUGCUGCAGAAAUGUCGGGGUGAUAUCGAUCGAGCAUUUGCCGCACUUCUCGACGAGAAGUCAGAUGACCAGGCUGAUAAGAAAAACGGACCUGUCCCUGCCAUCCCGAUCAAGCCUAGUCUUCAGGCAUCACGCGACACGUCCCCUUUCAGCACUGGCAGUAAGCGAUCAGCAGACGACAGUGACGAUUCAGAGGCACCACAGCCCGCACGGCGUGUUCGUCCUAAGCGGCGAUUUCUCUCAAAUCUCACCUUGGGUGUUGGCAUCUCAUUCCACGAUGAGCAGGAUGAAGUUGUCUCGCUCAAUCUUCGGAUGCCAUCAGAAAAUCCACAUGGUCAGGCCACAGACCCUUCUUCUACCCGUAGCACCACGCCGGAACAAUCGGACGUGGAAGCAAAGAAGUGUCGACGCAGUGGUCGACUAUCUCGAUCUCGCCCCGCAUGA